UGCUAGUUUUCGCUAGCUGAUGCCCGUUUUAAAGCAGACGUCCACAGUGAGUAGCACGGGAUUAAUUGGUAUUUUCUUAGAAACAAAUUUGCCAACAUGACAGCUGAUUGUUGUCGAGAAUCUGAGCUACAUCUGCUGCCAUGGACCAGAGUAGCCACACCAACUCAGAUCCAAAGAAGGAUCCUGCUGCCAUGGUAACUGAAGGACACAGCAGACCCAGUCUGGCCACAGACUGGGAGGAUUCCGAGGCUCUGCUGUCAGAGGAGGAGCAGAUGCAACCCAGUGCAGAGACUGAAGAUUUUUCAUCCAGUGGUUCCUGGCCCCAGAGCUCCAUCUCCCGGUCCCUGCAGCGGGCUGAAGCUUUGUUCAAAACAACUUUCAACCCCAGUUUGAAGUGGCUGCUCUGCAGCCGCAGUCGAGAUGAAGAGGAAGAGGAAGAAGGGGGAAGCUUUGUUGCUGCUCAUAACCUGGUGUCCCGUUCCUCUGCACGUCUUCUACGGUUGCAGCAAGGCAUGCUGAGUGUGAUGCCCCAGUGGCAGGUGGUUGGAGGACUGCAAGCAGAGUCGCCACAGCAGGUUUGUGUUAAAGACGUAUCAACAGAGAGUGCUGUCCUCUACCAGCUCUCUUGCAGCACACUGCAGAGGCAUUAUGGUGCUCUGUGGAAGCUCCUGGAACAGCGAUCCAAGCUGCUUCUCAUACAUGAGUACACCAGAAGGGCCCGCUCAGCAGCAGCAUAUGUAUCCACAGUGAACAAACUUCUGGAAGGAAAACUGAAAAAAACAGACUUGAACCAGAACCAAACUCAAGCCUUUUGGACUUCAUUCAGAGGACCACUGAGUCAGGACCUGCGUAUCCAUCUAAACCACUGGUUCUGUCUGUCCUCCAAGGCUCGAUCAGACUGCUAUCUGAGACCCAUUCUGGCUCAGCAGACCAGCUUGCUGGUAGAAAUUAGGCAGACUCUAGAUUUACUAAGUCUGCAGGCACUGAUUUUGAUGGAACAUAGUGUGUAUGCUGUUCUGUCUGGUCUUGCACAAAUCGAAUUACAAUCCUUUCCAAGAGAGAUCAUGGAGGACAUUUUAGUUGGUACUGAACUGUAUAACCAAGCAGUAGAAGAACAGAGAACACAACACACACUCACCCAGUGGAGGACUUUGGUAUUACAGCAAGCAGAUUGUUUCUGGCUACCUUGUCAUCCUCCAAACAACAGGGUGUGUCAACCUGUUGGCUUCCCAGUGAAAGAGCAGUUGAAAAUAUUAGCAAUCCAUCAUGGAGAGAUGGCAGCCAGACAACUUCACCACUGGGCCUCUGAGCAGAGUUGCCGUUGUUAUGAGGUUCAUCUUGUUUGUAACGCCCACUUCAGCUGUAAGGUCCACCCACAUCCUGAAGUCCCCCUUACAAAGGGGGCCCAGCUCCCCUGUAGGGCCUCCACGCUUAGAGCUUGUAGACAUGAAUGGACCUGGGACCAGCUGCAACAUACCUACCCUCUCCUUCAUUCAGCCUCAUAUACGUCUCCACAUAUUUCUCAGCAUACAUUUCCAUGUGGUCACAACCCUGACACUAAUUUGGACACACUUAGCUUAGAAAACCACCUUCCUGUUUUAGCCCAGUCCAGUUCUGUCCAGUUCAGACGAGAGCACCCUAUCAAAGCCCAAACAAGGAUUAGCUCCCUGAGUCAAUGUCAAACCUGUAUCUCUCAGACUGCUCUUAACCAGACAAGGCCAAGUGUAGAGUGUCUAAGUCAGACCAAUUUAGUAUGCUGUAGUCCAGUCUGCCCCAAUCUUGAAAGUUCUAAACUGUUCCAAGCAAUUGUAUCUCUUUCCACAAGCGACAUCCAUCCCUCAGCUCUCCCUGUUUCAGGGUUUUGCCAGAAGGAUCAGUCCUCAGUAGAACUGCUGUUUCAGGUGCUGGUUUCUUCCAGUGACGUGCUGGCUCCACUGGUACCACAAACACCAACACCAGAAGCCCUGCUUCCCACAACUGAGUCCCUGUUGACAAGUGUAAUGACAACAAUUACAACUGAACCAAAUGAAAAGACUUCACUCAUUUCACAAGGAGCCAGAACUGAUAGUAUGACUCCAAUCAGAUUUGGAACUGAUUCAGCGAUAUUGAACAAUGUAAAAACAGAACCAACGAUGGGCCAGAACUUGGAGAAAGUUCUGCAGGAAUGGACAGAACUGAAAAUAAUAACCCGGCCAGAACCCACUCCCAGGUCAAGUGGUGGGAAUGACACAGAGCCAGAGCAAGAGGAGGUGGAGGGGAAAGAAGACUUGCCAGCAGAGCAAGAGUUUCUUCGUCAGCCUCGCUCAGUGCAGUGGUUGGACCUGGGCCAGUCGUUAGCCUGUGCAGAUCUGUUUGAACAGUACCGAAGCAUGCUGUGGACUCACUGCAGCCAUGCACUAUGGCUGUGGCUCCACUUACCAUCAACAGGCAAUACUGCAGGAAGCAUCAACUUAUGGCAUAACCACAUGAGAUUCCGCCUCAUGCACAGGCUUAGUCAGGCCUCUAAGACAGAUAUGGUUCCAAAAGAGUGCCAGGCCAUGCUGCAGGACUCCUGCCUACAUCUGUUAUGCAGCUCAGCAAAUGCUCACUGGGAUGAUGUAUUAUGCAAUUAUUUGGGCUCAGGUCUCAAAGAUAAAUGUCACCCAGAGUCUCUUCAAGAUAGCAUUACUGUGACAUCAUCAGAGCGAAAUGGAAGCAUGGUGAUGACGGUGACCAUGGAGCAGUUUCUGCUACUCCUCCCUCCUCUCCUGGCUUCCCUGCACUACUCUCACUUAGGAGACAGCAGGAUUUCAGGUUGUGUUAGCACCUACACAUCUUGGGAAACUCUUCAGAGAUGUUCUGUUAGUCUUGCGUUAGCCUCAGUGCAGUCAUCAACAGUGUGGGUGAUGUCCAAAGCCUGCCAAUUCCUUUCCUCAUGGAGCCUCAACAAGUUCCUGCUGAUAACACAGGGAGACCUGAAGGUGCUAACAGUGUCAUUGGAGAGGCUUCUGCAACACAGUGAAACUCUGAUAAUGGAUCAAGAUCACGAACUUCAUCAGUACCCUCAUCAUCACCACCAGGUUUUGUUGAGACAGCAAAUUGGAACGCUUCGCAGAGCUGUCUCAGAGCUGCAGGCUUUCUCUUCCCUGGUGUUGAGGAUGUUCUCCAGUGACUGCAAGAGGAUGACAGGAAAGAUCUUUGAACAGACCAUGCCCUCUGACAAACACUGGAGACUUAACUACAAGACAGAUUUUCCCAGCAGCCCCAGUGAGUAUGCAUCUCUGGCAGGUCAGACUAUCAUUGGUCAGGUGUUACAGGGUGUGGCUCCACUCUCGGAUGAUGCUCGUGUCCAGGCAUUGAGUGUAACCAUGACAGCUUUCAUGGAGGCAUGGAUGGAACACAUCUUAAAACAGAGGAUAAAAUUCAGUAUCCAAGGAGCCCUCCAGCUGAAGCUGGACUUUGACUCAAUCAGAGACUUAAUCCAGUCUGACCAGUAUAGGUUAUCCGCUGAACUACACCAACGAUUGCUCAACCUCAGGGUUUUUCAGCAGGUGGACUCAGCAGUAUUCUGUCUGCUCCAGCAGCCUCAGACCAAACCAUAUCUACAGUACAGAGGCUGGGAACCUUUCAGACGAUGCUGUCCUACCACAAGUAGUAGAGUUAGCACUGAUGCAGCAAUAGGGGGCAGUAUAACCAAUCUGGAGAGUAUGGAGGGGGAGAUUCUACCUCAGUCUGGUACGUCCCAGUUAACUACCGACAUCCCCACAAUGGCAUCACCCCCCCCUGGAGAGCCCUACCUCGCUCCAAGCUUGGCUCCAGGGACUGCACAUCAGGAAUGGUUGGAUUUGAGAGUCCACACCACCAGUCCCCGUUGGUGGCUACCUGGACUGCAUUGCCUUUCCAGGUCUGAACCCUAAAACAUCUACUUGUGCAGAGUGACUCACAUACAGAUUUAAAAUUAAUCCAGAAAUAAGCUAACCAUGGUUUAAAGGAAAUAUUCUGCAAAAAAACACUUGAAAAAUGUUUUUUAUGUCAUUGGUUAGGACAGAACAUAUUGUUAUUUUGUAAAUACUUCAUUUUUUUUUUUUUUUUUUUGUAUAAGUAUGGAAAUUACUUUUGUAUAAUGUGAAAUCUAUGUUUCACCUGCUUUUAUCUUUCUGUAAAAUAACAAUUGUACUACUGCUCCUCAACUUUUAAAUAGAUUUUCAUAUUACACCAGGUAUUUUGGCAUAUAUAUGAUAACUGUGUAAUGAUAGAUUGAUUGUUUAUUAUGUAUUAUGUUACUGUUUCUUAUCUUUAUUAUACUAUAUACAUAUUAAUAUUAUUUGUGUCAAAUAUCUUCUUGAAUGCGUCUUGAUCAGCUUAGCACAUGAUUUUACAAUCUGUCCCAUUCUAACUUCAAAAUUUACUCAGGUUCAAUCAAAGUGGGUCAGGAGUGUCUGUGAACAGCAAGUAUCUUAACUCACACAAUCAGCAUCUAGUCUUACAAAGCACUAGUUAAAUUUAUGAAAUACAGCAUGUACGAAGUUUAGGUAUCCCAUGACCAUUAUGGUAAACUGCAACUCAGAUUAACUUUGAAUCACAUUUCUAACCCUUUCCAAUCCUAAGAUGCGUUCUUACACGCUGUACACUC